AUGGACGAAGGCAGGAGGUACGCAUCCAGGAGUCGCGAAAAAAUGACUGCAGGAGGGAGAGACCAUCACAAGAAUGAGCAUAACCAUGGCGGUUAUAGGAAGUCUUCCGUUGACAAUUACAGCAAAAGAAAUGAAACCUCCAAUGUAGAAAGGGGUCGAAAUUAUUCCCGGGAGAGGAGAGAUUACCACCAGCAUGGACAUCGUCAGCACCACCGAGAAAACGGAUAUGAUGCCAAUCGAGGAGGACACAGCCCCAGUCGCACACGUAGCCGUAGCCCACAUCAUCAUAAGUUCCCAAGAGACAAAUAUCACAACAAGUCUCCCAAGAGAAACUCCUCCAAAGAGAGAACCAGAAACGCGGCGGUUUAUGACGAUCGAAACGGAGAGCGAAAGCGUGGUGAUAAGUACAAAUAUGAAAAAGAACACAGCAGCAAGUGGGACACCAAGAACGGGGGCCACUACGAGCCGGAGCGUGGCCCACACAACAGCAAUAUGCACGAAUACCGAGAAGGUCGCGACGAAAGAAUGAACAUGAGGAAAUACUCCCCAGGGGGAGACCGCCAAAGAUACGUGUAUGAAAAUGAUUCGAACCGAAUGAGCAACACCAUAGGAAUGAUGAGAAGGGAACGACCAAGAGAGGUGAGGAAUUAUUUUUACAAAAAAGCAGACCCAUGUAAAAUCUUCGUAGGAAAUAUAUCCCCCGAAGCGAGAGAAGAAGACGUAAGGAGAAAGUUUUUGAAAUACGGUGACAUAGUAAACAUGCAGUGGAAAACGAGAUUUGCAUUUAUAGAGUAUGAGAAAACGUCCCAUGCAGAGAUUGCCAUAAAGGAAGAAAAUGGACAGUUUUUUUUUGGAGAGGAGCUAAAUGUGCAACCACAUCAUGCGGGGAACUACUUUCACAACCGAAGUGACAAUCGAAGUUUUUACCCCCCGUACGGAAGGACCUAUUCCCCCAAUAGGAAUGAAAGCAGAGAGAAGAAGAAUGCCUUACGAAUUGUAGUAAAAAAUAUAGACGAAAAAGCUAGCUGGCAAGAUCUGAAAGACUUCGGAAGGGAUGUAGGGUCAGUUAAUUAUGCCAACAUUAUACAAGACGAUAAUAAAGAAAGGUUUGGCAUCAUAGAGUAUUAUAAUUCCGAGACUGUGAAAAAGGCAGUGGAGGUAUUAAACGGUCGUAAAUUCAACGGGCUAGCCGUGGAGGUUAUGAAAUUUGUGGAUUCUCCUCUCAACUUGAAAUUUAAAAAUCGAGGUGAGGAUAGACGGGACCCUAAUUUCCAUCACCCCCAUUCUGAUGACAAGGAUAGGGCGCACCACCGCGAGGGGUACGACGCGGACAGGGACGCCCACAGGAGGGAGCGUUUUCUGGAGAGGCCCCACGACAGGUAUGAGAAGCACGACAGGUAUGAGAGGCACGACAGGUAUGAGAAGCAUGACAGGUAUGAGAGGCGUGACAAGCAUGAGAAGCAUGAGAGGCGCCAAGAGAAGGAGACGGGCAAGCCCCACGACAGGAACAAAUUCGGGAGGGACGAAAAGGAGGACGGGCAGCAUGACAAGGGGGACAAGGACCACCGAAGGGGAGGCGCGCACAACGAUAAGAGAAGGGGCAGCUCACAAGAGAGAGAAAGAGCCAAUGGAGAGGACGCUGCAAAUAGGGAGGGCAGAGACGACGGUAACGAUAUGGACAGGCACAGUCAGCUCAGCGGCAGAGGAGGGAACAACAAGGUUAAGGAGGAAAACUUGGGAGAGGCCGAUAGGUUGUCAGAAAAAAGCGGGAGUAGUAGUGGCCGAAGCGGAGGAGCGGGGAACAUGGGCGGCACGAAACAAAGAAGGAAUAACAAAAAUGGGAGAAGCGAAAGUGCAGAUCGUUUAGAAGAUAAUGUAGCGGACGACCAGCGAAGUUCCGUGAAAGGCAAGGAUAAGGAGGAUGAGUACUCUGUCGAUAAGGAAAGGGAGGAGGCAAUUAAGAAUGAUAGAGAGCUGAGCACACGAGGAGACGAUGAAGAGGAAAAUAUGUACAAAAGCGAUGAGGAGGGAAGUGUCGUCGGUUCUGCAAAUGUGAGAGAUAAGGCUGAGCACCAUGCAGAUGGCGCUUUGAAGGAUGGUGAGGGAGACCGUUAUGGGAGCAGAAGCAGGAGCAGAAGUGUGAGCGUGAAGGCGAAGCAGCAGUCGCAUAAGAGAAACACCAAAGGCGGACGAAGGGGAAGAAAAGCGUCCGAAGAUUCCUGCUCCAGGAGAGACCUGCGAGAUAUUUAUUACGAUGACAGUGCGAAUAACGACAAGUGGGCCGCUUCGAAGAAGGUGUGCGUGAACAAGGCAAAUUCGACUGAGAGUGGUUCGUAGGGAGUGGUCGUGGUAAAUAAAACGCACAUGGUAAGAUGGAUGCUCCUCGUGCGUUAGGACAAAACACACUUGGUAAAAGGGAUACUCCUCGUGCAUUAGGACAUUUUUUACACAAAUCAGCUUCGUGUUACUCUCAUGAAAUCCAUCUGUGGGGGAUUCGUCACCAUCCCCUGCUUCUUCCCCUUCAUGUCGAUUCCACCCAGCAGCCCAUCGACAUGCGCUGCGAACAGUGAGCAAUUAUUUUCAUCGCCUCAAUGUGGGAGUUUUUUUUUCCACAAAAUAAUUAAAUAAUGUAUGCAUGCAUUUAUUUAUAUAAUUACUUAUGUGCGUGCGUGUGUACCAUUUUAUGGGCUCCUUUUCCUGGUCAUUGUGGCCCCUUUUUUCGAAGAGGCAGUUUUUGGGAAACUGUGAAAAGGGGAGCUCCAGGUGUUCACAGCCCCAAACAGGCAUGCUUACCACGUGUGCAUUA